GACCAAACUUCCCGAAAGAAGAGAAGAGGGGAGGGGCGCGCGCGGUACGGCUAGCGAGCGGCCAAACAAACGUCAGUCUGAGCCUUGUCAAGUUACAAUUACUUUUUGGACAUUUUAGGUCUAUCUACUUUCAAUAUUUUUCCCCUUUCCUUAAUCACUUGUUCCACAAGUAAUAUCACAGGCAGUGUGGUCUAGAUAGAUUAAUUCUGAGCGUCAAAUUACGGCGACGACGUGGGAGAAAUCGGCGCUGACUAAAGAUGUGGAAAGCGGCAACAGACGUAACUGCCCCGGCUCCGGCAGAGGCUGAUGACUGGGAGACGGACCCCGACUUUGUGAACGAUAUUACAGAGCAUGAACAGAGAUGGGGACCAGGAGGGCGAAAUGUAGAAGCUAUUGAUAUGGCAAAGCUGAGAGAAGAGGUCUUGGAAGCAGACAAAUUAGCAAAAAAGAAACAGUAUGAUGAUGGCCCGAAACCAUCCUUAGGGUAUGGAGGAAAAUUUGGCGUGCAGGCGGACCGCAUGGAUAAGUCUGCUGUAGGACAUGAUUAUGUUGGAAAAACAGAGAAACACGUUUCCCAGACUGAUUACGCUAAAGGUUUCGGCGGGAAGUUCGGAGUACAGAAGGAUCGGAUGGACAAGUCGGCUGUCGGGCACGACUACGUCGGGAAGGUGGAGAAGCACGUGUCACAGACAGACUACGCCCACGGCUUCGGCGGCAAGUUUGGCGUACAAUCCGAUCGGGUUGACAAGAGUGCAGCAGGCUGGGAUCAUAGGGAGCAGGUGGAAAAGCACUCGUCGCAGAAAGACUACUCCGUCGGGUUCGGAGGGAAGUUCGGCGUGCAGACCGACAGGAAGGACGCCUCCGCCGUCGGCUGGGACCACCGCGAGGACGCGAACCAACAUCACUCGCAGAAAGACUAUGCAAUCGGGUUCGGCGGAAAAUUCGGAGUACAAACGGACAGACAGGACGCGUCUGCUAUGGGCUGGGACCACCAGGAGAAGACGCCAGCCCACGCGAGUCAAGUCGACCAUAAAAAGGGUUUUGGUGGCAAGUUCGGCGUGGAGACCGACCGCGUGGACAAGUCCGCGCAUAGGUUCGACGAGGUGGAGAAGGUGGGCACCAAUUACAUCAAGCAGAAACCAGACAUCGCCGGCGCCAUGCCUUCCUCCAUCAGAGCCAAGUUUGAAAACAUGGCCAAGGAAAAAGAAGCGGAAGCGCAGCAAACUGUGCAAAGGAUACGACAGCAACGAGAAAAAACCGAUAAGGACCUUUCUCUGAAGGAAAAGGAGAAAUUAAAGAACGAAGAACAGCCUGACCCUACGUCCAAAGCGACUGAGCACAUGGAGCAGCACAAAAGUCCAGUCAACAAGGUGCUAGCCAGUCCUGUAAUGCUACCAGUUUCGGAGCCGACUUCUCCCGAGGAUGUUACCGAGCAGGCCAACUUGCCUGACGUCACUCUCGUCGGUUCACCGAUGGAGGAACGGGAAGAGAUAAAGCGCCAGCCGACGAUUGUGGUGUCCCCGGUGGGGUGGGAGUCGGAGACGGCGGAGGGCGAGGACGAGGACGGGUACACGGCGCGCGCGCUCUACGACUACCAGGCCGCCGCGCCAGACGAGAUCUCCUUCGACCCUGAUGACAUCAUCACCAACAUCGUCAUGAUCGACGAGGGCUGGUGGCAGGGGCUGUGUAAGGGCGCGUUCGGACUGUUCCCCGCGAACUACGUGCAACUGCAGGACAAAUAGGGACGCCCCGCUACACUCACAUUCCCACCCCGCGGUGAUAUCAUUUAAUUAAUAGUUCACAUCGCUCAUCAUUUCAUAUGCAUAUACUUCCAUUUUUAGGGUGUCGUAACUACCGUAAUGGGACUCUAUUACUAAGGCCCGUAUUAAUAAACCAAUCUCAAGUUCCGAGUGUCAACUCAAGAUUGAUCUCAAGUAUCUGUUCUUAUUAAUAAAUUGGACUGGUGUCACUAAUGUCACACUCGCUCUCAGCUAAGAGUUGUCAAAAACGUUCAUAUUAAUAAACCAAACUCGGCACUCAAGUCUCCGCUCUGUCUGUCUCAGUGUGUGUGACAUCAUAACGCCAAUAAUCAUGACAUUAUAAACUCAAAAUGUAUGUUUGCACCUACUAUUUGUUCUAUAAAGCAAAAACUAUAGCCGUCAAAUAACCUUGGAAAAAACACGUACCUUGUACCCUUUUUAAACAUUAGAUUUUGGUAUUUUAAUUGUUUGUUGGUAAAUCCGCCAUAAUAACACCAUCUGUGUAAAAUUCAACUGUCUGCCUAUUACGGAUUGUUGGCAACCCCAACAAAAUUAUAUUUCACAUUUUAAAUAUGGCAAUACUUGCCCUCUUCUUCUAGAAUCUAGAAUCUGCGUAACGUGUAUCGUGUAUUAAAACUUUAUAAUAUAAAAUUUUCAAGUUAGGACAGACCGCGUAGGUUUAGUAAUAGAGUCUCAGGGGUACAGCAUCCUAAAAAUUAGGUGCGUUAAAAGAUGAAUCUCGAAAUGCCAGCUAAUAAGCUGGAAAUUUGUAUAUAGCUUCGUUUUGUCAUUUUCCACCAUAGCUGAAAAAUUACAUAAAAUCACGCGUCUGCAGGUCCAGACGUUCAAGGUCAAAAGAUCAAAAACUAAGUUAUGCAUAGUAAUGUUUUUUUUAAUAUCUGUUUUUUGAUCUUGAAGCUCAAUAUGAGGUUUCAGCCGAAGUAGAAAAUUGGAAAACGCCGCUAUUACUUACGCGAAUUUCCAGCUAUUUAGCUCUCAUUCCGAGGUUGAAUCUUUAAUCUUUAUUUAACCGUAUUACUACGUUCAUUAUCGUUCUAACAUAAAAACGUACUUAUGAAGCGAAAGAAAUGAAAUAACCUCAUUAUCAUAAUAUUGAAAUUAUCUAUUCAUAGUAUAUCGCCUAAAACUUACGACAGUUAUAUUAUAGAUUAUCGUAUAGAAUCACAAGAAAUGGAAUUAUCUUGAAGUGAAAUAUUGUGUAUAUACAGAUUUAUGUUAUAAGUAUACAUAUUUAAUUAAAUAGAAUGUUCACUGAUAUUAGUGGUGAAACGAGAAGAUACCUACUAACUUUAUUUUAAGUUAUACCUGUAAUUUUUUGUCCACCGAAAAAAAGAACGGGAUGGUUUUAGACAGAAGGUAUUAAGCCUCCAGAAUUUAGUCGACAGUACACGUCAAACUAACUGUAGACCAGUAUGAUGCUUAUUUGAUUCGUCCGUGUUGUUUCAUUCACUCAUGCAUUUUGGAAUUAACGGCUGUUAAUGCGUCCCUUUCGUUUUAGGCAGAUAAAAAUGACAGGUGUAACUGUAAAUAAAAUUAGGAGAUGUCGGCUGGAAUCGGCACCAUUGAAUACCUGGAUAGUGCUUCCUGGUUGUUGGAAGUGGAACCACUUCCAUAACUAAUGUAUAAGGAUUUGUUUAAUAUGUAGAGGAAUCAGAACUAAAGAAAUACCGUUAUGCUUGCAGAUAGUUAGAGGACCAUAUUUAAAGCUCAAUUUUUGAGAAGUUAAAUACUUAGAUUAUGAUGCGAUAUACACAUUUACAGUAUUAUUUAUUCCGGACUGAAUUAAUUACUAAAUUAAAAAUCAUUUAAAUUGCAUUUUAAAUUAUUUCCAUCAUUUAUUGUGUCAUGCAUGCCAUGUUGUUUUCAUGAUUAUAGAUAUAAGCGAUAGUAUUUUUUUUUUAUAUUUCACCUAUAAGCCCUUCAGCAUUUGUGUUUAAACUAGGUUUUAAAAAGGUAUAACCCUUAUAUUGUUUUAUAUUUCAAAACUAUGUUAGUGUACUGUUGUUGAAUGUGAAAUUACCUACAUUAUGAUUUGUGUCACAUCUUCCAAUACAUUUUAUACAUUGAUGUGUUAUUAUAGUUUCUGUAUGUUCAUUUGUACGGAAGGUCCUUCCAGCCUGUUCCUCCUUAACUUCAGAUAGUCUUUAUUCAGGUUGUUGCGUUCCCCAAUAAAUUGGUCUCUAGUUGACUGGUAGCUUGCUACGACUAAAAGCUAUAACUCACCUAAAAGAUAAAUUACCAGAGGGUCUAGCCAAGUUGCAAACGUUUCGAUUAAACCAGUUAUUAUAUCUAAUCGAACAAAUAUGUGACGCGCUCGGACGAGAAACUACUCGCUGUAGAACAGCCACCAGCUAGUACAGCGGGUAGUACAGUCAUGAGCAAUAUAAUGUACCCACUUUAGGACUCUGUCGCACUAUCUUAUUUGACAUUUAGUGACACUUACAGCUCAAUUUGUCAAAAAAGUUAAUGUGUGUACCAAAGUGUAUAUGUCGUGGCCAGAUCAUAGAAUUGAUCAUUUCAUGAUGUGCUUAUUUCAUGAAAUAGAAUAUCAUUCGUUGGCCACAUCAUGAUGUAGUUUGGCCAGAUCAAUGAACACAAAACGUUUAACGAUAUGAGCAACUAAAUGCAUGAUUAUUUCAUGAUAUGGCCAAACGUUGCCAAUCAUAUCGUAAAAUUAGUAACAUUAUCCACCGAUAGUGGCGCUGGUGUCGAUUAUAUUUAAAACUUGAUUCAUAAUCGAUGAAUCAAUGUUAUUGUUCAAUUUUCCAUAUCGAAUAGGUACAUAAUUUUGAACCUAAGAAACUAAUCGACUAUUCGCAUUUUUAUUACACCACAUAGCAUGGACACCGCCUACAUUAACGAUAUGGCCAAACGUUGAUUGAUAUAUCAUUAAACGUUGACGUUUUAACGAUAUGAUCAACUUAAGUUGGCCAUUUCAUAAAAUAUGACCAUUUCAUGAAAUGGUCGAUCACAUCAUGAAAUGAUCAUUUUUAAGAUCUGGCCACGACAUAUACAUAUUAAUGCUCGUGACCGUACUGAUCACACUCGGGGUCUUAAUCUUAAACUACCGCUGUUCACAAUAUUAUUAUACCGUAAUUGUUGGGUAUUAAUUCCUUUAAUACUAUUAUGUGCGCAAUUGUAACUAAAUAACAAAUAAUUAGGAUUUACUGGGACAUACUGUACUGUAACCUAUAUGUAUACUGAUGCAACAAAUUAAACGAAUCGUUAAUGUAGCGUAUCUGCGUUAUAAUAUAUGUUACAGAUUUAUCCAAACGUUGGCAGCUUUUCUAGGCCCCUGGUCUGAGCCCUGGUGAAUGAAAUUUUUAAAUUCUACCCGUUGUAGUGCAGUAUGUUGCCACACAAGUAGACUAACUCUUCUGUCAGCCUGUAUAAUCUCCAUGGUUAAUUAUAACUUAGUAUACAUCACUCAUAAAAUCAUUAAAUAAUUUAACCUAUUUAAACAGUGACAUGUGUUAGAAUAUCGCCGAAUAAGCAUGCAAUCAUGUAACACAACUAUGACAUCGUUUACGUUUCGUGAACCUGCUACGAGAAUUUACAAAUGUUAUCAGUCAAUGUAUUUUUAACGGUGUAUAAUGAAAGGUAUGUAAUGCCGAAGAUUUAUAAAAGACAAUUUAUUGUUUGUAAAAUAAAAGUAAUAAAUUUAUUUUUUAGUGAU